AUGGCAGCACAGAAGGAGGAACACAGGGAGGAACUGGAGAGCUUUGGCCGGACUUGGCUUGAUCUGGGCGCCAGGAUCGGUCCCACCACCGAGCUCGGAGCGGUUUGUUCCUGGUGGAUCAGGGCGGGUGUGUUGCCGGAGUCGCCUUCUAUUGGCUACACUCCCGCGGACUGUCUGGGCUUUCCGACACCUGAUUGGAUGGAACAGCCCUGUGUACGCCGACAUCAUUGGAGGACGCUGGAGCCAGGGGGCGGAGCGGAUUCCCCAGGAUUCUUGACCGGGCGCGCUAGCGAAUACAGGCUGGGGCCGGUUACCGACCGGCCGCUUCUUGCCGAGGCAGUCCAGGCUUUUCCCCUGGCGGUGGCCGCUGCGAGACAGCAUCUGUCAACGCUCCUCUUUUCCCCUCCUCCUCCGGCCGGGCCGGGCUCAGCCGGCUGCGGCCGAGAGGACGCGGGACCCGGCGCGGUGAGCCCAUCAGCUGUCAGGCGAGCGGCGAAGCGGCCGGAGGGCGGCGAGAGACACACAAAGAACGCGGUGGGCGGCGGCGGCGAAAGGGGGCGGCAAAUUCGGGACGGCAACUCCUCCCCGCGCCCGCCGGUGCCACCGCCGCCGGGGCUUGGUCCGAGGCCGCGUAGACAAUGCGGCCGGGCCCCAGAGUGCGGGGCGCCUGCGCUCCCCAGACCCCAACUUGACCGUCACCCUGCUCGCCCAGCCCCCUCCCGGGAUAGGGGCGCCCCGUCGUUCCGGCAGCCGGCGAAGGAAGUCUGUCCGCGGCCGCGUAGCCCGGCAACUUGCAAGCCGGGAAAAGUUUGCGGCGCCUCCGCGGGGCGGCGCGACGCGGCCCGCCCCACGCGUCCGCGGUCACCGAGGGUGACUUUCUCGACUCGUCGUCAGCCGGGGCCGCAGCGCGGCCGGCGAGGACUGCGGGGAGGGCCGGAGUCGGUCCGAGGGCUCCCGCACCUGGGGCUGCGGCCUGGAGAGUUGCUGUAGAAGAAGGAAAAAAAGAGGAAGACAGCGCAACGCAGGAGGAGAUAAGUACCUCUGGACAAAAUGGAAGUAGUAGUUGUUGAACAGAGGGAAAAGGGAUGGGAGAAGGAUGUGGACUACAAUGUUGCAGUGCCAGCUAAUAACUUUCAUCACGUACCUCCUUGGCUCAGGUACUGUCUCUUCUACUCUCUUCCUUACUUGUACUACCUUAUUUAGCCCUUAAUUAUAUACUUUCUCGACUCACUUUCAGAAACACUGAUUAUGUGGUCUGCCUCAAAGACAGAAUCCUAGUUUUGGAUUUUAGCCUUACUGAUCUAUAGCCUUGCAGGGGCUUAUGGAUGGCAGCUGUCUUCUCCCCCUUGGGAUCUAGCUUUUGAAAAUAUUGAAGGGAAGAGAUUUCUAUGAUCUUAUAGGAAAAGAUCCACAGUUCAUCUCCAAAUUUGCUUUUAUAGAGAAGUGUGUGUCACCAAAACGUGGAGAUACGGUCAGAGAGGCCCCUACCCCCAGACUUUUAAUAUAAUUUUGCUUUCUAGGGCAUUUGUUCUUGUCAAAUACUUUCUCUUCUAUCAGCUCACUUGUUCCUCACAAAAGCCCUAUAAGGUAUUAAUAGUAUUAAACAGACCCCUGUGAAGCACCUCAAGUCUUUCUCUCUUCCCACUUCCAUUCUUGCACACCUUUUGCUAGACUAGUCUCUGCGUUCAUCACAUCAGGUUUCUAAAAUUAAAGUCCCCUAAUAACUUUCUGUUUGUUCCCUCAUCAAAUUGAACCUUUUUUGCCUGGCUUAUAAGGUGGCCUUAAAACCCCAUUUUCCUCUAGACAUUGUCUCUGUAGUUCAGGAACGUGGCAGGCUCAACACGUGUGCAUGAGCCAUAUUGCUUCCCUCAUUAGUGAUGCCUCCUCUCAAACCACCCAGAUUCUACUCAUUCUUCAAUUUCCAACUUCUCCUUGGAGGCUUCCCAGAUCAUUAGCUUCUUAAAAAUCCCAGCAUUCUCUGAAUUCUGAUGGUAGCCACAGUUAUUUGGGCAAUUAUGUCCUGGUCUUAAAGUCCUAAUGGAAAAAAAAAAGUAUAUGAUGGACUUUAUGAAGAGAAGAAAGCACUGGACUGAGUUUUAAGACAUCUGCUAAGGAGCCGUGUGAGCCAAACCAGGUUACUUUACCUCUCUGGAUCUUUAUUUGCUGAUCUGUUAAGUGGAGAGGAUUGGGUCAGAUAAUCUUGGUGGUCUAUGCUCAUUCUGAGGUUCUUGGACAACUUGACCUAGUUCAUGUGGGAUGGGAUUGAAGAUCUUACUGAGUUUUUGGAUGGGAAUGAUCAGUAAUGGGCACUCAGUGCCUUCAGGACUUGUUCUGUACUAUCCCAGAAAUUUCUGAUGCUAAACUUGGCAGUUUUUAAAUGCCAUAUUCCUUUUUUCCAAACUCUUUAACCACAAGAAUUCAGGGAAGGUUAAUGGGGGGGGUGACUUAGGUAUCUGGAUAAUAUGUAUUGUGGACAAUAUAGCAUUAUCCUUGGGAAUGAUUUCAUAUUGUUGAAUAAAUAGCAUCAACUUCUUGAUAAACCUUAGUCCUGAGCAUUUCAUCUUCAUUGGAUGGUACUAUAUAGUAAUAUAUUUAUGUUUUCUUUUAAUCAUUUCAUAACUUAGAAAAUGCUAACAGAGUCAAAACUCUAGAAUAAGUGAUAGAUGAGUUUUCUGUAGUAAUCUAGUUGGAGACAUGUUGUAAUUCUGCAUAUAUAUGUACAUUUAUCCCAUGCACGUUAUGCUUAAACUAAGAAGGAUACCCCUGAAUUAAGAGGUGCUGUUAUACAUUGACCAGACUUAAGAAUAUCUCUUUAAAGUGUGUUGACAUUUAAUUGACCUUUGAAAGUUCAUUCUGUUAAUCAUACUCAAAGUGCUAAAGCUAUGGUUGACUGCUCUGGUGUUUUUAUAUUCAUUCGUGCUUUAGCAUAUAAAUUCUUCAGCAUAAUUGCUACUUAUUUAGCAAGAGUUUCCUGUCUUUGAAAAUGUGAGUUGUGCUUGUAUUUUCGUGUCUUUUUUUUUUUUUUAAACUUUGCUUCAGGCUGUGUAGUGGUAGAGGUUUGAAUUAAAAUGUUUUCCUGUCAGUAGUUGUAUGAGGUGUGGCUUCUUAAUCUAGAAGUAAUGGAAAUUUCUUGCUUAAAUGAAGUGCACUUUUCUUCCUGCAGAAGUUAGAACUCAAGUUACAAUGCUGAAAUUUAGACAAGCUUAACACUUCAAAACUGGAUAUCUUUAGCAGAAACUUUUGGAAAUUUUAAAUUCUAUUUGUGUAAAUUAAAAAUAUCAGUGCUAAUACUUUCUAUUAAAUAAGGAUUUAUCUAUUUUCAUAAAACCUCUAAUUAUAUUCCUUGAAUUGCUAUGAGUAGAAUUUUGUUGUAAACACAGUAUUUUAAAAAAUCAAAUAUAUUUUUAAAAUCUUAACAUUAUAUUACUAUAACUUAGAGAACAGAUGUUUACAUGUAUAAAUUUUUCUAGCUCUUAAAUUCGUGAAAUCAGUCUUUCAGAAGUAAUUUUUAAUAUGGUUAGCUGUCUUACAGGUUUGUAAGUUGGCAUUUCAAUUUAAAAUUUUUAAAAUUUUUUCAAUUUAUAUUUCAGUGACCAGGAAAAAAUAAACUUGUUGCUAAAUUCUAAUAGAAAAAGAAAAAACACACAUAAUUGUUAAUAUCUGGUAAUUUAUCUUGAGACUCCAGACAUGUUUUUAGAAUAUUUUUACCUUAAAAGCAAUUUUAAAAUAGAAAAAUAAAAGUUUAAAGCAGAGUUUUUACUUUCAUGAGGUAAUUUUAUACUUCGCAGAUAGGUAGGCCCAUAUUCAAGAUCACUCUGAUCUCUGUUUAUAGUAAGUUUUGAUGCCAUUAUAUCAUUUACUUAUUUACACAUUAUAAACAUAGUAGAUAGCCCCAUUGUCAUGAAGCUGACAUAAUUUUCUUAUCUCUCUUUCAAUAUUGUCCCCCUUUUUUUUUCUGUUUUCAUCAUAGCUGUCCUUUUCAUUUUAUUGUAGCCCUGACUCAAAAUGAAAGUAAGUUUGUUCCUCUUAAACAUUUCACUUGAAACUCUUUUUUUAGAAUAUACAGUGAAAUGUCUUGAAUAAUAUUAUCUCAAUAAUACCUAAAGAAUGCAAAUGACGUGCAAUGAAUAGUCAGAUACAGGAUGUUCCAUGCUGAGGGUAGACUCAUAUUUCCACUUUAUAAAAUGUGGUUUCAGAAAAUAAAUAGAUGUGUUUCUUCCUUAAUAAUUAGUGUUUCAGGACCAAAAUUGACUAAAUAUGGAAGUUUAAGAUAAAACCUGGUUUCUUAGGGAAUCUUUCUCAGUCCUUAGUAACUCUAUAGGAUUGAUGAUACAGUGACAACUUCAAUACGCUCAGUGUUCUUUUCUGUUUGCAGUCUGUUUUACCAUUGUAAAAAACUUACUGUCGUUUGAAUUUGGGUAUAUGCAUUCAGAGAUGGUUUCCUUUAUUUUUAUUUUAUUUAAACAAAUACUUUCAUGUCCCAAACACUUUAUAAAUACUGGAAUAUUUAAUCCUCUUAACUCUGUAAUUGUAAUUAUCUUCAUUUUACAAUUGAGAAAACUAAGAUACAAAGUUUUAUUUAAUGGUAAGACCUUAAGUAAGAGGAGCAUGAUAAGUGUAAGCAGAGUGGAAAACUUAGUAGUGCUAAGAAGCAACAGAAGUAUGUGCAAGAGUUUGGGAAGAUGCGUCUACUUGGAAAGGAUCAGGGACUCAACUGGGAUCAGUCUUAAAGGGCAACAUGUCCUCCUUCCUCAAUUUUAAGCCUUUGGGCUCUAGAAGUAAAGGGCAAACUUAGAAAGAGGAGGCACUCCUCAGGUUUCAGCUGACUGUUCCAGCCUGGUGAGGUGGCCGUACUGGCUCAUGUGAUUCUCAUAGGGCUACAUGAACCUAUGUCUUACCUUCUCCUAGCAUUUCUUGGCUGACUCCUGCUUUUUUGGAGGGUUUAACUUCUCUCUCAGCUAGAAGGUUAGGCAUUGCAAAUACCAGUGGAUAAUUUUUUUCUUAGCUUUAACCCCAGCCCAUUUCAUCCCCCUCUUUGCCCUUUGUAUAUUCUUUUGAAAAUAUGAUCCAGUAGUGUUUAUGAAUGUGUGUUGUAUAAAAUUUAGAGAUUGAUGUUAACAGAAUUAAAGGACAAAGCUGUCUUUUUUGUUGGAAUUGGGGAUGGAAGAAGAUGGGAGAGCAACUAAAAGCAGGAAAUAUGGAGAAAGGAGAGACUGUGGAAAAGAAGAGAUAUAUUGAGGGGAAAAAAAGAGGGUGAAAAAAUGAAGAGAGAAUUACUGAUGUGCUUCACACCCACACCUCCUCUCCAACUUCACAGUAACAGAGGCAAUGUCACUGUCUUUUACCUGACAAGUGCUUUACCAGGGAGUUGUGCCUGGCAUCGUGGGAGUGGAAAAUUUCUCCCUUUUGCAUUUUGAGACUUGGGUGUGCUGCUUUAAGAUGCCACUGGUAUCUAAGUAAUGUUUGUUUAUACUGGAUAUUUUUCUCUGUAGCCUUUGUGGAUUGGACUUGUAAUAUAAACAAUAUUGUUAGCAGAACUGCAGGUACUCUAUUGCUAUGUUUAUUUUAUUAGUUAAAAAACUACCAGAGCCCUAGGACUUCUGAGCACAUUUAGAAAAUACCAGAGGCAAUUUUAAGACUAGCAUUAGAAAGAAAGAAAAAAAUAAGAAUAAGACUAAGACUUGCAUACGUUAGAAUCCUAACCGAUGUGGUGAUUUUUAAAAAUUAAUGUUUCAGAGACUCUAAAUUAGGGUAGUUGGUUUCAUCAAUUACAUUUUUUAAGUUAAUAUAAAGUACUUUUGUAUAUAAGUUCUCUUUUCUUAACAGAUAAUUUAGGUAAAAUGGAAGUGUGGCAUUUUUUGUUCCAUAGAAUGUAAAACUAAUGUCAGAAUAAGAAUUCUUUCGGGAAUUUAGGAUUUUUUGGAUGCUUCUCAAAUCAUCUAUAAUGACUUUUCUUUAUAGAAAAGGUAGAUUAUUCAUUAGUUUUUAUGAAAAACACUAAGUUUAAAUAGCUAGGUGUGGUGGCGCGGCUGUAGUCCCGCUACUCGGGAGGCUGAGGCACGAGAAUUGCUUGAACCUGGGAGGCAGAGGUUGCAGUGAGCCGAGAUCGCGCCGCUGCACUCCACACUGGUCCAAAGUGAGAUUCCGUCUCAAACAAAACAAAACAAAAAUAUUGAGCUAGUCUUAAUGGUAAAAAUCUAGAUUUGAAGAAAUUUAUUUUAAAACAGUUGUUCAUUUGUCAAAUAGAAAAGUAUGAUCUUAGCAGGUUUGGUUAGAUCCUUAUCUGAAAUAAAGUAAACUAAAGAUGUUUUUCUUGAUCAAUGCUUGGGAAUCACCAGUAAAUUGGGGGAUAGAAAGCAGGAAAAGGAGCUUUUUUUCUUAUUUUUUUUCAUUUAUCAGUUUCUCCCACUUGUCCAUCCUUUCCUAUAAUCAUGGAAAUUUUUGUUUUUUGCACUGUUCUUCCCAUUUGUUUAUCCUAGAUUGCCACCACAGCAAGGUUUUCUAGAGUUAGGCAGAAAGAGAACCUGGGCCUAGAAGCUAAUGGAAGCUAUCCCAUGCUUUCUCAGACUCUCUUUCCUCCCUAGAGAUAAGAGAAGCAAAACAGGAGUUGAUGGCUCAUUGCUGUUGCUUCUGUGGCUGCCCUGUUUGGUUGACCUGAGCUUUUUUAAAAAACCUCCACUCUUGAUGCUUAACUCUACGAAUAAAAUUAGGGCCAGUCACACUGUAUUUUCAUCAUCAGUUAUCCCUAGUGAUUCAAAUUUAGCACAAACCUGCUGUGAGUACAUAUUAAUUAGGUGAAUACAGUAGAAUGCAAUCAUAACAUGAGUCUUUUAAUAACUAUUCUUUGUUUGAUUUUUAUUUUAGAAGUUUGCAGUUAUUUUGUUGAAAAUCUAGAAGAUCUUUAUGUGAGCACCUGAGGUUUGGGUAGCCCCACAACAGUUUAAAUCAAACGUUAACUUGUAGUAAAACUCUACUGAAAGAGUCUUUGAUUUUGAGGUGCAGAGAGCUGUUUCAAGUUGAGUUGCUAUAUUAGUCUGUUCUCAUACUGCUAGUAAAGACAUACCUGCAACUGGGCAAUUUAUUAAAAAAAAAGAGGUUUAAUUGACUCACAAUUCCACAUGGCUGGGGAGGCCUCACAAAAAUGGCGAAAAAGCAAGGGAUGUCUUACAUGGUGGCAGGCAAGAAGUUUGUGCAGAGGAACUCCUGUUUAUAAAACCACCAGAUCUCAUGAGACUUACUCACUACCACAAGAGCAGUAUGGGGGAAACCACCCCGGUAAUUCAAUUAUCUCCACCAAGUCAAGGUGAGAUUUGGGUAGGGACACAGCGAAACCAUAUCAGCUGCCUAUUCUCCUGUGCAGUGACAUAAAGAUCUGAUAACCUGAUUUAAAGCUUGGACUCUUAAGAUUUUUGUUUUUUUCUUUUUUUGCGCCAGAGUAUCUCUGCCGCUCAAGCUGGAGUUCAGUGGCAUGAACAGGGCUCAUUGCAGCCUCAACCUUCCAGGUUCAAGUGAUCCUCCCGCCUCAACCUCCAGAGUAUCUGGGGCUACAGGCAUGUGCCAUCGUGACAGGCUAAUAUUUUUAUUUUAUUUUUGUAAAGAUGGGGUCUCACUUCUGGGCUCAAGCAAUCUUUCUUCAGCCUCCUAAAGUGCUGGAAUUAUAGGCGUGAGCCACUGUACCCUGCUGUAAAGAAUUUCAUAUCCCUGUUUUCGGUAUGCUGUGUUACUGUUUGCCAUGGGUAAAGGUAUAUGAAUCUCUUUUAUUUUGCUGCUUGCAACCCAGUUCCCAUGGCAAACCCAAUUUGUAUCCAAACACACAAUGUUGAAGACAAGUUCUUCUAUAGAAAGCUUCAUAAGCCAGUUACUGACUACUGUGUCUGUAAAUAUACUCAAACUAUUUUGUAGUCUUGCUAUUUUAAAAAAUGUGUGGGUGUGGGAAGUAAUGUUGAAUGAAUUCAGGGUAAUUGGUGGUUCUUUGUAUUAGGAAAACUCACACUAGUUAAGGGAAGUCUGUUUUCAUGAUUCAUGUAUGUUUAACUUAAAAACAAAAUUCUGCCAUCCUUCCCUCUCUCCAGUUUGCACUCUACCUCAUAAAUUCAAGCAAUGAAGGAAUUUAAAUAAUAGAAUUUUAUAACUGAAAGGAUUAUGGAGAGAAUCUAUUAACCCUCUUAUUACAGUUGAGAAAAUAGAUGUCCAGUGGGGUCAAAUGAGAUCACGUAGCUCGUUUAAAAGCCCAAAUAACAUUUUAGUAGUUUAUAUCCAUUAGUAAACACUGUUCUAUUUAAUUUGCCCUAACAUGUUCAUAAUCAGAGUCAUAAUAAGGAAAAAUCACUAAUAUGUGUGUGAUACUUUCUUGUCACCUCUUGUGGCACCUUAGUCACUUCUCAGAAGAGGUCUGUAAGGUGUCGGUAUCCUGGUUUCCAUUCAGGGAGAGAACAGGCUAUGAGCCUAAGAGACCUGUCUGUGCCAGUCACUAUCAAAACAGUCUAAUGCUACGAGUUUUCCCACCUUGGCAAAAGCGUUGGCUGGUCUCUGGACAGUUCUCAUAGACCACAGGAUUGGGCGGAGGGGGAACCACAUCUUCAUGUUAGGGCUCUAAUCUGUACCCAUUAUUAACUGUUGUCUCUAUUUCAUCACUUUUUAAAGGGGAAAAAAAGCAGUUUUUAAAGAGCUGUGAGAUUUUAAAUUGUUCAAAAUAAGUAUGCUGGAUAAUUAUAAGUAAGGUGUGUUUUAAAGAUCUUCUUAUCAACAUCUUAAAAUUAGCCAGUAUAUACUGAACAUCCACUGUAUAAAAGGCACAUUAUGGGGUGCUGCAGUAGGUACAGCAGUGAUUGAGACAGAAUCCGAGCCUUCAGGGAAGAGGUAUAUGCAGUGUUCUCUCCUUCCAAAGAUUACCUAGAUAGAGAACUGUUAAUAAGAAAUAUCUUGGUACUGUCUACAUUACUCUUGAGAUAUAAAAUAUAUUACUACUUAUGUCUGAAAUGGGUCAGUUGUUUCUAAAACAAUUUGUAUUAAAGUAUUCACAUUAAAAAUUGGUAAAAUACAGAAAAGUAGAGGGGAAAAAUCAUGAAUUUUUAACAUGAUUAUGUCAGUUUCUUUCUUGGAGUUUAACUCGAUGGGAUAACUGCUAAUUUUUUUUUUGUCAUUGCAUAGCUUUGUAAACUUGUUCUAAUGAUUAUAUAAUUUCAGCAUGGGUUAGUUUCUAAGUAUGUCAGAAAUCUAGCUUUUUUGUGGUGAUUAUUGUUGUUUUACACAAAAUGAUUAAUAAAAGACUCGAAACUAACCUUGGCUUUAGAAAUGCUUUUUAAAAUUUAAAAUAAUGAAUGAGUAGCAAGAUUACUUUCUAGUGUUUCCUUAAGGUCACCAAAAUCACUUAAGUUGCUUAAAAUAUUGAUGGAAAUAUCAACUACGAACAGUUGACCUAAAUUAGAAAUGAGUGUUUAAUAGUGAUAUUUAUAAAAUAUGUGUAUUUUAAAAUGCAGUUUCUAUUAUAGAAUUAUGUUCCUCUAUAAUAAUUUCUCUUUACACUGAAUCAUGUUCAGUUUUUAUUGUGCAGAUAAUUUAAUCUUACAGCUUUGAUCUUUUUUAAAAAAUAAAACAGCUAUUUGGAGU